CUUUUGUUGCUGUAUCUGGGCACCUUGCUGGUGGAGUUUUCUAUCCUCUGAUGGUGUGGGAGGCUCUCAAGCAAGAACUAGGAGAAAAAAGAAGUCUUUGGACCCAGAAGCUCCAGCUUUUGGAAAAAUGCAAUGAGUCCUUAGACAAGGAUUUUAUUCGAGUAGCAGGCAACCUGAGGAGAACCAAGACAGAACUACUUCAUCUAAGGAAAGAGCUCUCUGCUAGGCAGAGGAUCAAGUUGAAGCAUUUCACUCUGCUUGUGAGGAAGCAGCAUCCUUGAAGAGCAAGUUGGAGGAAGCCAUUUCUGAGCAGCAGAAUCUCAGGGAUGUGAUUGCAGCUUUAGCAAGUACUUGCCAGUUGCUUCAGAAGAAGGUGGAAGACCACAAAAUGCUGUGCGGAGUUAAAUUCUGACUAUGCUUUGCUGCCCACAUCAGCUGAACAUGUAGAAGGGAAGCAGCUCCAUUGCUCCAAACGACCAUGGAGUGAAAGACCCACCUUGUACUCUGGCUUUCCCUGGGCGCUGCCCUUGGGUGUUUCACACUGGCACAGCUCCCCUCUGCUAGAUGCUCUGACCUUGGAGACCUCCUGCCCAAAUAAUCCUCCUGGGAAUAGCUGGGACCGGCCUUGCAGGCAGAGCUCUGGCAGCUGCACCUUGGAGAGGUGUGAUGUGGGACAUGUGUCCAGCUCAGAUGUGACAGCAGGAGAAUGCUGGUGGAAAAUAUGCUCUGCUGAUGACUACACUGAUGCAGACCUUCCUGUUUCCAUUACAAUGAUGGACUCUUCACUUGCCGAGAUUGACUGUGGGGAGUCAACACCACGAGCCACUCUGAUCCCAUCCAGCGAUCACUUAACAUCAGCCCAAGAAGCUUUUGCAUCUGAGGCAAGCACAGCACCAGUACCAGGACCGAGUCAGAUCAAGAAGGAAUCCUGCCUGGUGAUGGAAGAACACAAGCCUGUGCUUCAAAAUGUUUUGAAGCAAGACCCGGAGGUGGACCAGGAAAAGAAAAAUAAUAAAGAGAGGAGUGAGGAAGCACCAGCUGUGGUUCCAGGCAGGAAAGCGAGUUCACCCACUGCAGGUGGUAUUAAAGGAGAUAAAACCAAGCAAAAUGAGCUUGACUCCCCAAAUGAGAAGGAAGUGGAGGCUGAAUUUCUGAGGCUGUCUUUAGGUUUUAAGUGUGACUUGUUUACCUUGGACAAGAGAGUGAAGCUCGAAGAGCGGUCCCGAGACCUGGCUGAAGAAAACUUGAAAAAGGAGAUCACAAAUGCUGUGAAGAUGUUAGAGGCAUUAGUUCCUUUGUGCGAAGAAGAUAACCAAGCACAGGAGAUCAUUAAGAAGCUGCAGAAAAGCCUGCAGUUCCUUAGCCAAUAUGCAGCUCGAGUUGCCAGCAGAGCAGAGAUGUUGGGGGCUAUUAAUCAGGAGAGCCGGGUGAGCAAGGCUGUGGAGGUGAUGAUCCAGCACGUGGAGAACCUGAAGCGCAUGUACGCCAAAGAACACGCGGAACUUGAGGAGCUCAAGCAGGUCCUGCUCCAGAACGAGAGGUCCUUCAGCUCCCUUGGAGACAGAGAUGAAUCUACAAAUAAGAAGCUACCAAGUCCUUUUAACUUUAAGCCCUCAUCAGCCCUGCGGAGAGUUAGCAUUGCAACAGUGCCCAGGAGUGCUGGGAAUGCAGGGAUUGGGGUGCCACUGGCCCAGUUCCAUGAAUCCGAUGGGGAUGAACGAAGUGACAGGUUCAGCAGGAGAUCAAGCAGUUGGGGCAGGCUAGGGGUGAAGCAGAACGAGAAGCGUCCUUCACUGCAGAGGUUCCUCAGCACCUAUUCCUGGGCAGAGUAUGAAGAGGAGCAUUUUGAAACCAAAAAUGAGCAGUUGGAGUCACCUGCUGAAGUACAGGGACAACUAACUAGGAAGGAAAGUGUCUCUGAAAAAGGAAAAUACCCACCCAAAUGGACCCUGGAGUCAAUGUACAAUUUGAUGGCAGCGUGGGCAUCCCACUUCAAGGCUUCCUUCAGCAACGCUAACAAAACCUUCUGGGUGUCCGUGUCCAUGCUGGUCCUGCUGGCUGCUCUCACGAGCUUCCUGAUGGGGCUGUCCCUACAGAGGCCAGCAGAUGCAGCCCCUGUGGGCACUGGGGACUCCUGGACACUGGUGCAGCAGCUGCUGUGGCCCUACACAGGACUGCAACACAACGGCCCUCCCCCGGUAUAACCCCGGCUCCGCUGCCGGAGCUGCGCUGCCACGCUCUGCCGGACAGGAGCUGAGGCUGCCCUUGAUUUAAGGUUACGUGUCUGGGUUUCUUUUGUUGGGUUGUGGGUUGGGUUUUGGGGAGGAGAUUAGUUUUUUUUCUUUAAAGCAUGACUUGAAAUUUUAAAAAAAAGUAUUUUUCUUCUCCUUCUGGCAAAAGUUAUCUUUAAAAGUAGCUAAAAAGGUCUCAGUUCUGUUGAGGUUUACAAUAGAACAGCAAUUUUUAACAUUGUUAACAAUAAACACGUCUAGGUGGUCUAGCCACAAGAGAAUAAAGAAUUUAUUUUGCUUGAACAAAGAUAAAAUGUUUGCAUUUUAGAACCUGUUUCAGUGAUUUGAACAGAAAAGU